AUGUCUAACAGCUCAAUCAUCGUUCCUAUCUCCCGCCGGGGCUGGGUGGGCGGACCGGACGAAAGAGGUACGCUUGAUAUUGUUUGGACUUGCGUAUCAACGCUGUUCAUCUGCCUGUGGAGUAUGCUACAUCUCAACAUCCCCUCUCAGAAGGAUACUUUCUGGAACAUCUUCUGGCGUAAGGCGCGUUGGCUCUUACUCGGCGUUCUAGCGCCUGAAGUGCCUAUGCUCUUUGCAGCUGGUCAAUGGGCCUCCGCGAAAAGGUCAGUCAAAGCUAUGCGAGACAUUGGCUUCGACGAAGAAGAAUGGUCACUUGAGCAUGCCUACUAUGCAGACAGUGGUGGGUUCGAGUUGCGGACUGCUGAUCAUGAGGCAAUCCCCAUCACCGCCAAACAGGUCCACUACCUGAUCGAACACAACAUAAUCACUCUACCAAAAGUCACUAAGAAGGAGAUCUGGGACAAAAGCAAUGCAGACAAAGUCGCCAAGUUCCUUGCCUGUUUCCAAACUGCAUGGUUGACAACACAAACGAUCGCAUGUGCAAUACAGCAUCUGGCCAUUACACCACUGGAGUUAUCGAGCAUCGCCUUGGCUUUGACGUCACUUACUACCUUGUGGUACUGGUUGCAGAAGCCACUAGAUGUAGAGACACCUACAAUCAUUCACACAGAGAAAAGUACAAAGGAUAUCGUUAAUACCUGUGGUGGUGACGAGUCCGAUCAAUACACGAACACUCCGCUUGAUUUCAUCGAACCACACACUUACAUUGCCCGUAAAUGGAACCCAUUGCUUUUCAGAUGGAUACUCAAUCGCAAUCUUCAAACCAAACCCAUUGAGCGCAUUCCGAAUGAUCGAGACCCGCAGCUGUCCAACCUCUACCAGCAUCUGUCGCUGGCCGUGGCCACCGCCUCUUUCGCCAGUAUCCACCUUGCAGGUUGGAAUUUCAGUUUUGAAACCAAUUGGGAAGCAUGGCUCUGGCGUGGCAACUGCCUGGUAAUGUGGGGUCUCUUAGCUACCUAUGGGACGACAGAAGUGGUGGCUUGCUGCAACGAGAAAUUCCAGAAGCUAGGCAUGGAUACGUUGGGGGGUUACAAGAUGCGAUGGCCUGCAUGUCUCUGGUUCAUCAUACCCGCAUCACUGUAUGCAAUGGCUAGACUUGCGUUGUUGUUUGAAGUGCUGUAUAGCAUGCGCAGUCUCCCAUCUGAUGCUUUCGUUGAAGUGAAGUGGUCUUCUUUCAUCCCUCAUAUAUGA